AUGUCUGACCUUUGAAAGACGUGCCUGUAUCGCCCGACCUGGGAAAUGUCCAUCAAUUGAGUGUGUGUGUGUGAGCAGUAGCUGUGACCGAAUUGUCCGAUCUCUCUUUAUCCGAGUCCAUCCACCCAUCCAACAACAUUAUUAUCACCAAUCGCCUGUUUCGCCCCCUGUUCGGUUGUUGUCUUUCCUUCGGCUUCACCUUCAUUCCCGACUGCUAGCAGUGCUAUCUUCAGCUCGUCCUUGGUCAUCUUCUCUACUCCAUUACGAGCUUUCAUUCCCUUGUUCCCAUCCGACUGCUCUGUUCCGUUCCUCUCAUUCCCGUCAGAUCUCUCAGAAUCCGUGGUUCGAGAAAACUUGCCACACCCAAAAAACAGGAUCACCCAGUUGACCUCGCACAUAUCCGAGGACCAAUUCGUCACUCUGCCGACACAAGUACAUAAACAAUCUCCCCGACCGUCAUUAUGGGCCCGUCUCUGAGAGACCCUGCGUCCUACGCCCGCCCAUCUACCCGCGAUCGGCCUUCAACGCGCGACCAAGGAGAAAACUCGCUGGUCGUCCCCAGUCGCACCUCCUCGCUUCACUCCCGCAUCACUCAACCAAUCCCAUCCCAGAUGAACUCGAAACCCGCCGCCCAACGGACCCCCAAGACUCUCACCCAUGCCUACAUGGUCUGCGGUGUGGGUCGCGAACCCUCUCAAUGGGUUCGCGCCCCCGCCCCCGCCCAGGGCAAGAUCGCCCACAUGAAGGGAGCCGUCAGUCAGUUCUGGUUGCCUGAGAUCCUCGGGAGCAGCCCCCGUUUGGAACAGGAUAACGAGAUCGCUAAGUCCUUGCAUGCGGCUAUGAGAGCUUGUUUCCCCCACGAUGUCGAGAUUUGCACCGGCAAGACCCAGCCUCACUGCGUGCACCAUGCUUUCGUCCUGCAACAAGAUUCCUCCCACACACUCUAUGGGAUUGCUUUGCGGGUCUGGUCUCGCGCCGACGAUAAACGCGCCGAAACCAUCCGAGAAUUGCGGAAGAAGACUGAGCAGGAUUUCUAUGACAACCCAGAGGAGACCUACUGGAUCCCCUACUGUCUGAGCUUCCUGUCUCGCUACCCUCUGUACGACCUUCUAGGCGACUACCUGCGUGGCAUGUGGAUUCAUUGGAAUAAGGCAACCAACUUGUUCCACGCGGAAGAAGUCUCGCGCAUCCUAAGCUUCCCCGCCCCUCGCCUCAACGACCUGGUUCGUAUUGACAUGAAGGACUAUGCGCUUUGCUACCAAUUUCCCUCGUCUCCCACAGGCUUCCAAAACUUCUCCAUGUGGCCCUUGUUCACGUGUCUGUCCAUUCCCAAUAUCGUUGGGGUCAUUGAGGCUGCUGUCUCACCCACCCGCCGGAUCAUCUUCGUCAGCCACUACCCGGCUAUGCUCACAAUGGCCGCUGAGACUAUCCGGUACUGCGUUCGCAUCUACGAAUGGAGCGGUCUCUAUGUGCCUAUGGUUCAUGCCCGUCAUGUCAAGGACUUGGUCCAGGAACCCGGUCCGUACAUUCUCGGUAUCACCGCUGAGUGCCGGUCUCUUUUCAACGCUCCUUCAGAUGCCUUGGUCAUCGAUCUCGACCGGAAUUUCGUCUUGACUUCGAGCCCACCGAGCGUCCUGAGUCCCGGUCAGCGCACGAAGUUCAUCAACCGAUUGACGCAGGCUCUCAAUGGCGAUGUCUCGCCGUCCGGGGUUCCCAAUCAUCUCCGCUCCGCCUACGCAGGUGGCAAGCUCAUCCCCGCUGGUCAGAUCAUUGUCAUGCGAGGGGAGGUGGAAAGUGUUCAGGAUCCCUCCUGGUGGAACCAAGAUGCGAUCAUGGGUGUCAUGGAUCAUGUGUGCGAGAAGCUGGGACGCAACACUGGCAUGAAGGCUAUCUUCGGUGGCUCAGUCAAGAAGCCUUUGAUGACAAAGGUCUCUAUGAGACAUCUGAACGAGAUUGUCCGCGAGAGAAACCAAUACUCCCGCGAUGCCAUGGAGGCCUGGCAAGAUUUCAUUAACUUGAAGGGUCGUAUGGACACGGAAUUGACCAAGGUCACGAAGCGCAACAACUUCUUGGUUGAGGAGUUGGAGACUUGGAAGCAACAGUUCCUCAAAUUCCAGGCGUUCGCCGAACAAUUGACCAAGGAGACCUCUGAGCUCAAGGUCAAGAUUGAGAAUCACAAGCGCGAAAACCGUCGUCUCACUGGUCUCAUUGACCAGCAGAAGGACGAUGUGGCUCGUCUCACACUGCGCCUGUCUGGUACAGAGAAGCAGCGCGACGAUGCACUUGAGGCGUUGGUUCUGCAACAAGAGAUUGCGGAGGAAUUGGAGCGUGAGCGGAAGCGUAACCAAAAGGAGCUCGCUUCCUUGCAACACAGCAACGCGUCUCUAGCUCGGCAGCGUGAUGAUGCGCAGCGGGUGGUCCUGCACCUUCGCAGCCUUAUCAAUGGCCAGACCCACCACAUGGAGCAUAUCGUUCGCUCGAUUGGCAGCUCUGCCGAACUGUCCGGGCUCGCUGAAAAGGAGACCUUUGAGGAGACCAAGGAGGACGAGGUCGAGACCCCUAGGGAACCUGCGAGCUCGCGCUCGUUUGCUACGGAGCCCGUAAAGGCUCCCAGCAGCGAGCCGAGCUCGGAUUUGGAGCAACAUCUCCUGAACAUCGGUAAAGGGCAUAAUCGUCUCGCGCGUUUAAGUAUAACUGAUGUUGCAGAUCGCUACCUGCGCGACAAGACCGAUGCCAUUUCGGACAUUAUCCGCAGCAUCAGCGAGCAGUGCGCCGCCGCCGUGGAAGGUCUGCAACUGGCACAGGAUGCGGAAGAGGAUGACAUUGAUGACCACGGUCGGACCACCCCGUCCGGUAACCGCCUGAUGCCCAGAACGCACGAUGGACUCUUGACUCCUGCGGGUAGCGAGAUGGGGGACGGUGACAACAACUCGUUGCACCCGAACGACCGCCAUUCGAGUGUUCCUCCAACACCGGACCUAGUCCACAACCGGUCCAGCACUUCGAUGUCAAUGAUCAGUAGCUCGACGUUCCCGGAGAGAUCGAGUCAGCAGUAUGGGGUCAGUGAGAUCCCUACCCGGAUAGUCGAGGACAACGAUGAACGUGCCCAUGAGACGGCGGGCUUUGAUGAGCACUCUGAACCUGGCACUCUGUCGAAGCAGGCGAGCGAAGACCUCAUGCAGUCCAGCACUUCCAGAUUGGUCGUGUAAAAGUGCAUUGUCUCUGCGAUUCCCUGGUCCAACGAUCCGUGACAUGACAUCUGCUCUUAUACUGUUCCAACUGAUUCAGAGCGCAUUUCUAGCCA